AUGUCUCGAAUACGGGAAGUAUGGGCGCCUAACCUUGAAGCUGAGAUGCGGACCAUUGGAGACAUCAUAGAUGAAUAUCCAUAUGUUGCAAUGGAUACCGAAUUUCCUGGCGUUGUGGCGAGGCCCAUCGGCACCUUCAAGACGUCCUCCGAUUAUCAUUACCAGACUAUGCGGUGUAACGUGGAUCUGCUCAAAAUCAUUCAGAUAGGAAUCACUCUCGCAGACGAGGACGGCAACUUUCCUCAGGAUGGUAUGUCGUGGCAAUUCAACUUCAAAUUCAGCAUCAGUGAGGACAUGUACGCCCCCGAAUCGAUCGAACUCCUGCAGAAGUCGGGCUUUGACUUUCAAAGACACGAAGAGAUGGGAAUAAACCCAAACGACUUCGCCGCGCUUUUCAUAAGCUCAGGGUUGGUGCUGAAUCCCGAAGUUAAGUUCAUAUCAUUUCAUAGUGGUUAUGACUUUGGCUAUCUGGUCAAGCUAUUGUCCGGCGAAUCUCUGCCAACAUCAGAGGACUUAUUUUUUGAGCUUCUUCGUGUCUGGUUCCCCUGGUGUUACGAUGUCAAAUUCAUGAUGCGCGCCUCCAAAUCGCUCAAAGGAGGUUUACAAGAUCUUGCAAAUGACCUUGGUGUUCAGCGGAUAGGGACAUCCCAUCAGGCCGGCUCGGAUUCUCUGUUAACGGCUUCGACUUUUUUCAAGAUGAAAGAAGUAUACUUCAAUGACUCGCUCGACGAUGCGGAGUAUAAUAGCAAGCUGUACGGUCUAGGCCAAACCUUCGUGCCAAACGGUAUCACCGAUCCGUCAAGAGGGGGUGCAACAAUCGCAGAACGCGAGGAUAGAAGUGUACCGAGGGAUUCACGGAGUCAGACGCCUGGUCCAAGCACAAGUAACGGUGUUCAAGCCCAGAAUGCGAUCUUGGGUGUCGGCGUACCUCUUCCCACUCCCGCGCUGGGUGGCGCACUGCCCACACCGCUCCCGUCAGGCACAUCAUACGGUCCCAUGGCGGCUAACGGUCCGUAUAUACGUACAGCUAUCGGUGUUGGAGGGAGAUAA